CAUUAAACGGAGCAGACCAAAAUCCCAAACAAGGAAAUGGUGGGGGAAUAAAACCACCAGAUUAUUUAAUUAAUGCAUGUAAUAAUUAAUAUUUUAUUUUAUUGUAAAUGAAGACGUAUUUAUGAGAUAAAAUGGAUUACGACUUCAAAACAAAGCUGGCGGCCGAGCGAGAAAGAGUAGAAGAUCUGUUCGAAUAUGAAGGUUGCAAAGUGGGUCGAGGCACCUACGGGCACGUUUAUAAAGCUAAACGCAAAAACGGGAAAGAUGAGAAGGAGUACGCACUGAAACAAAUAGAAGGCACUGGAAUAUCGAUGUCUGCCUGCAGGGAAAUCGCUCUGUUACGAGAACUGAAACACCCGAAUGUGAUCGCCCUGCAGAAAGUCUUUCUGUCCCACAGCGACAGAAAGGUUUGGCUCCUCUUCGACUAUGCUGAACAUGAUCUCUGGCACAUCAUCAAGUUCCACCGCGCCUCCAAGGCCAACAAGAAGCCCGUGCAGCUGCCCCGAGGGAUGGUGAAGUCUCUCCUGUAUCAGAUUCUGGAUGGGAUCCAUUACCUCCAUGCCAACUGGGUGCUCCACAGGGAUCUGAAACCAGCCAACAUCCUGGUGAUGGGGGAGGGUCCUGAACGAGGAAGAGUUAAUAUCGCUGACAUGGGUUUUGCUCGACUCUUCAACUCUCCCCUCAAGCCGCUUGCGGACCUGGACCCUGUGGUGGUGACGUUCUGGUACAGGGCCCCCGAGCUGCUGCUGGGGGCCCGCCACUACACCAAAGCUAUUGAUAUUUGGGCAAUUGGCUGCAUCUUUGCGGAGCUGCUAACGUCGGAGCCCAUCUUUCACUGUCGCCAGGAAGACAUCAAGACCAGUAACCCUUUCCAUCACGACCAGCUGGACAGAAUAUUCAGCGUCAUGGGUUUCCCCGCAGACAAGGACUGGGAAGACAUCAGGAAGAUGCCAGAGUACCCAACGCUGCAGAAAGACUUCAGGAGGACAACGUAUGCAAACAGCAGCUUCAUCAAAUACAUGGAGAAGCAUAAAGUGAAACCAGACAGCAAGGUUUUUCUGUUGCUCCAGAAACUGCUCACUAUGGACCCCACCAAGAGAAUCACAUCAGAGCAGGCGCUGCAGGACGCGUACUUCCUGGAGGAGCCAUUACCAACCACUGAUGUGUUUGCUGGCUGUCAGAUCCCCUACCCAAAACGAGAGUUUCUAAAUGAAGAUGAGCCAGAGGAGAAAACAGAAAAGAACCAGACCCAGCAACAGCAGAAGACCACCGCUCAUACUCAGAACCAGAAACAUCAGCAGACUGCAGCCCAGCGGGCCCACUCCCAGCUGAACCUGGCCCAAACCAACGGCACUACUGGAGCCACGGGGGCCCCUGUCGGCGUGGGUUUACAACACAGCCAGGACCAGGCGCCCCCUAACAAGAAAGCUCGGAUCGGGCCCUCUGGGGCCUCCUCAGGCACGGGGGUGCUGCAGUCAGAGUACCAGCACUCCGGCUCCCACCUUGGUUACCAAAGCAACGUCCAAGGUUCCACUCAGCCCCAGAGCACCAUGGGAUACUCGUCAUCAACCCAGCAGAGCUCCCAGUACUCCCACCGUUACUGAGGCUCCCGGCAGAGGAGUUGGCUCCUCCUGCAGCCUCCUCUACCUCAGCAGACGUCCCCAUCAUUUUAGCCCAGCCCUCCAUCACCUUUGACAUCUCUCCUGAUAGCCUUCCUCUGUAACACAAAGGCAAACAAACAAUCUAACGAGAAGUUGUGCCUGGUCGGGCUGGUGAAAAUAAUGUAAGAUAGAUGUGAAUUCUGAAUCAUGGCACUUACAAACCUGACUUAUAUCAGGAAGAACCGCAGCUCUGUUCAUAUACUGUAUGUACAUUAUAUAGCACCUUUUAAUAUUGGACUUUUUAUCAGCUAAUUGCUUAGAUUUCAAGUUUACCUUGAUAGUUGAUGUCAUUGUAAAUAUUGUACAUAUGGAAGUGAUGGGAUGGAAGUUAAGCUUCUCUAGUGUAAUAUUGGAUAAUCAAAAGAAACGUUUGAGCUCACCCUGUAGUCACAUGUUUUACACAGAAAAAUAUCAGCACUUUAGCUGAUACAAUUGCAGGGAAAUAUUAAAUGCGCAAUUUAACUUAAUCUUCUCACAAUAGGGUUUCUAUAUUUAGACUUCUCUUUAUCCACAUUUGGAUUUUGAACGUAAGAGAAGAAGUAGUGUCUCUACAGCUCUGAGUUCUGUGAUUUGUGAUACACCCCACUACAAGAUAAGAAACAUCUGACAGCCGAGCUUCGUGUCCUCUGACGACGACUUUUUAGAAGGUUGGAUGCCUCUCGUUUGUGGCCAGCAGCUCGGGAUUGUCUUCUUGCUGGUGGACACACAUCUUAUCGUGGACUUUCAACACUUUCAAGAUUUCUGAACACAAACGUACAGGGCAGCUAACAGUACGGCCCUCCUAUAUGCUUCUGGAGACUGUUACUGCCUGAUGUCACAUUGUUUUUUUAAGGUUAAAUGUUAUCAUUGUGGCCCUGUGUUGGUGUGAGUGUGUGUGUGAGUGUGUGUGUGUGUGUGUGUGUGUGUGUGUUAUAUGCAUGGUGUUUAUCCUUUUACUUACUAGAACUGCACUGAGUGCUGAACUGAUCUGCACAGUUUCCUCCUCUUCCUGUCUGCCCCUCUGAGCAGACAUGUGGCCGGGACCUUCGAAGACAGGGGGUGCGUUCUGUGGGAGAUGCCCAGGAGGCAGGAGCAGCAGUAAUGAUGUGUUGAUGUAAAUGUCCAUUGUAAAUCCUCAGUGUCCCUACAUCAAGUAUUCUUUUCUAAUUUCUAAUUUUUCUAUUUUUCUAAGUACACUUACUUAAGUACUGCACUUAAAGGAAUAGCUAAUUCUCUUUUUGCCAAGAGUACGUGUCUUUAUGAAUAUGAAGCUACUGAGGGCUAGCUUAGCUUAGCUGUUUCUCUGUUUCCAGUAUUUGUGCUAAGCUAAGCUAAGCGGAUGCUGGCCGGUACAGUUUUGAGGUACGGGUGCUUUAAUUGAGUAUUUCUAUUUUAUGCUACUUAAUACUUCUACUCCACCACAUUUAUCCAAAAGAGAUACUAGUAACUUUACUAAUUAAUAUUUUUUAUACAAAACAUCAUUGCAUGAUGCAUUUUUCCCUAUUAAAAAAUCUCAGUAUCAAGUUAUGUUAGUCUGUAAUUGGGUCCUAACCCAUUUAUGCACAAGCACUGAGAAUGUCUCAGCCUGUUUUUAUUGCAAAUCAAAUUGUUUCAAACAAUUUCUAAAAUCAAAUUUUAUUUGACAUAUCAAAACUAUUGGAACAGCGAGGUCAAUUCCUUUAUUUUUGCUGUACACUGAAAACAAUUGACUUUGACAUCAAAAGAUGAAUAUGAGAAAAAAAGAUCAGUCUUUCAGCUUCUAUUUCCAGGUAUUUACAUCUAGAUCUGAUAAAUAACUUAGAAGAUAGCAUCGUUUUUAACGGAACACCAACAUUUUAGGUGAGCAAAAGUAUAGGAACAGAGACUUAAAAUAGUGUGAAAAGUGAAUAAUACUUAAUAUUUAGUUGCAAAUCCUUUGCUUGCAAUAACAGCCUCAAGCCUGCCACCCAUUGACGUCACCAAACCUUUGCAUUCUUCUUUUGUGAUGCCUUUCCAGGCUUUCACCGCAGCUUCUUUCAGUUGUUGUUUGUUUCGGGGGUUUUCCCUUCAGUCUCCUCUUUAGCAGGUAAAAUACAUGCUCAAUAGGGUUCAAGUGUAGAGAUUGACUUAAACCUUUCACUUCUUUCCCCGCUUGAACUCCUUGGUUGUUUUGGCAGUGUGUUUUGGGUCGUUGUCUUGCUGCAUGAUGAAGGAUCUCCCGAUCAGUUUGGUUGCAUCUCUCUUUAUGUUGGCAGACAAACUGUUUCUGUAGACUUCUGAGUUCAUGUUGCUGCUGCCACCAUGUGUUGCAUCAUCAAAGAAGAUCAAUGAGCCCGUCCCAGAAGAAGCCAUGCAAGCUCCAGCCAUGACAUUACCUCCACCAUGUUUCACAGAUGAGCUUGUGUUUGGGAUCAUGAGCAGAUCCCUUCUUUCUCCACACGUUAGCCUUUCCAUCACUUUGGCAAAGGUUCAUCUUUGUCUCAUCAGUCCAUAAAACUUUGUCCCAGAACUCUUGAGCCUCGUCUCUCUACUCUUUGGCAAAUUUAAUCUGGCCUUCCUGUUCUUAUUGCUAAUGAGUGGUUUGCAUCUUCUGGUGUAGCUUCUGUACUUUGGUUCCCAAUAUCUUCUGAGAACGGUGUAUUGUGAAACCUGACAGUUCUCACAAUGUUUUUGUCAUCAACUGCUGAUGUUUUCCUUGGUCUACCAGUUCGACGUCUGUUGCUCAGUACACCAGUGGUUUCUUUCUUCUUCAAUACAUUCCAAAUGGUUAUACUGGCUAUGGCCAAUGUUUGUGCAAUGGCUCUGAUUGAUUUUCUAUCUUCUCUCAGUUUCAAAAUUGCUUGCUGGUCUUCAUGUUGGUUACACCUUUAAAGCUAUAAAUGCAUUAUGUACAGGCAAAACCCAAAGCUGAAACUGAGAGUAAACAUUCAGUGCUAUUUAUUGUUUGAAUUAUCAAUGCACAGGACACACCUAGGCAACAAAAAACACCCGUCAAUCACAUGUUCCAAUACUUUUGUUCACUUGAAAAAUGGGUGGGUUCAAACAAAAGGUGCUAUCUCCUAAGUUGUUUAACUGAU